ACCCUGAUUUGGGGCGACUGCGGUACCAAGGCCCUUUGGCAGCGCAUUCUCAAAGAUUUCAUAGCCUGUAUUAUUGCAACCAUUAUUGCUAUUCUCCCACAGCUCAAGAGCUGGUCUACCUUCCUUAUACCAAUGGUUGUUGCCUUUGCACACCCUGGUCAACGGAUGGGCGUCGUCAUUGAGAACAUCAUCAUGAUCAUCUUUGGUUCAGGCUUAGGCUUAUCAUGGUGUAUGCUGGGUUUAUAUUUGGCGAGCUUGGUCUACGAUACCAACAAGCCUGCUGCUUUUACUAUCCGAGCUCUCUUCUAUCUUGCAUGCACUUUACUCCACGGCUACCUGAGAUCAUCCACUCCUCGACUGUUCUUAUUUGUCUUGUUCGUCAUCCUGCCCGCCAUCACGGUGCUCACAGCACCAACCGUGGCAACGCCUCAUCUGUAUACUACAAUCUAUGUGCCAAUCCUUAUUGGCGUUGGAGUCAUGUUUUUCGCCAACGUCGCCAUAUUCCCAGAGUUUUCUAGCAGCUAUCUGGGUACCUCUACCAUCAGUGCCCUCUCCGAAAUGGUUGACACGCUGGAGCGAGCCACACACUGGUUUGUCACUCCCGGAGGCGAUCGUAUCGAGUCUCAAAUCCAGAGCAGUCUUUUCAAUAUCCUCGUAGCUAAUGAGAAUGGCACAAAGCCGCAGCAGCAGCAGAUGGGGAAAGUCAAGCAGCUCGCUAUCCGCUGCUGGUGCAAGUUCUCUGCUCCAUUCCCUAACCCCUUUCUACCGGCCACCUCUGUUGCAACACCGUCUAGGCCACCACUGCAUGCGACCACACUUGCGUCCUUGACGGAGAGGAAGCCCAUAAUUCGAUCGAAACUUACAUCGUGCAAAACCGCUCAAAAUGAAGUCAAUUUUGAGAUAUCUAUCUCACCCCUUGCCCCAAGCGACAUGAAGCCCAUCAGCGUUGAUCUCAUGAGCCAUCUUUCACAGAGCAUCAUUACACUCAUUGGCGCCUGUGAAAACAAAUUCAUUGUCCUUGAUGACGAUGGCCUAGAAGAGAGCGAUUUAGCGACUGACGAUGAUACCGUUCAAUCGCCUGGGUGUCAGAAUGCCUUCGAUGGAUCUGCCACGCCAUCGUCCAGCGUUCCAGAAGCGAACCUCAGACUCAACUCUGGCGCGAGAUCUAGAUCAAGAGUGAGAAACUCAAUCGACCCGUCGAGAGUUGGCUCGAGUAGAGUCGACUACAUCACGCUGAAUAGGCAAAUUGAACUGAGUAGCGCCAAACUUCUCGAGUCAAUUGUCAUGCGGUUACGUGCCCCUGUACAAGAAUUUCAGGCCUCUACAAAUGAAGCAGUGGCUCUACUGAUUUCUUGCUUGGCAUAUUGUUACGAUGUUCCCACUCUACCCUCUGGUGCUCCUACCCCUCGAGGCAUCCGCUUGGAGGAGAUUGACCUACGAAUCGACCUCUUCACGGACGCGUUGACAUUGUUCGACCAACAAUCAACCGAACAACUGAAGCUCAUCGCCAUGCAAGAGACGGGCCUGUCGCUCGAUUUCAUGCCUCGGAUGGAGACUUUUCUCAUCUCGUCGUUCCUUCUGGCCUUUCGCCAAUCCUCGACUCACAUCUUGAAAAUGCUACGCCAUGCUCGUCAAUUGGUAGAGCAGAGACAACGCCGUCACAACAGGUCGCGCAUCUGGAUUCCUCACUAUUCAAGUCUUCGGAGGUGGCUACGUACCGCCGGAGAGCGUGAUUCAAUGGUUCUACCAGAAGGUGCGCGGCAAGCUGCACGUCGCGGAGAUUUGGUUGGCAACGGCCCGCCAGUUUCCGAACGCAAAGGCUCUGGCGAUAUUCUUGAUAGUGAAGAGCAACAGAGGGGGGGAGCAUAUAGAAAGACCAAUAACAAAAAGAAGGAGGAAAAAAGUGAAAAGCAUGUACGGUCCAAAAAGAAUGGUAGGAGAGAAGAAGACGUUCCUGAUAGUUGGGCUUUGAGGCUUCGAGGAAAAGCGGCAGAUGUACUGGAGUGGGCUCAAGAUUCCGAUGAUCUUGCCUAUGCACUGAAGCUGUCUUUUGCUGUCUUCCUUGUCAGCUGGCCGGCCUUCGUGCCAUCCUGGAACGCAUGGUACGGGGAUGUCCACGGUGUUUGGGCCCCGCUGCAGUUGAUAUUCAUAUUUGAAGUGGCCAUUGGCACGUCCUUGGUUACCUUUGCUGUUCGACUCAUUGGGCUUGUCCUUGGCUGCACCGCUGGAUAUGUCUCAUUUGUUAUUGCAGGGGGCAGCAGGGCAAUCACUGUCGUGGUUCUCGCUUUUCCGCUGCUGCCUUCUGCCUAUAUCCAUGUCGCAACAAAAUACGUCAAAGCUGGCGCAGCAGCCAUUAUAUCGAUAAAUGUCGUUGCUCUGGCGUCGGCGAAUAUCAGUACAGAACCGCCGCAUGAGGUCUACUAUAAGCGCCUUAUAGCUUUUAUAGUCGGAGGUGUUACCGCUACAUUGGUAGAGGUGUCGAUUGCCCCUGUGCGUGCAAGAGAUCGUUUGGUUGAAUCUUUGUCUGCCUGCGUGCGGCAUAUCCAGAACAUGCAGGGCGCCAUGUCCGUGGGCGUUGACGGACCUGAAAUUGUUGAUCCUCGCUCUCCAAAACUGCAACGCCGUUUUGACAGAUGGCGCGAAAAGGCUCAAGCCUCACUUGCGGCGGCCGAGAUGUUUCUCCCGUUUUGUUCCUCUGAACCCCGCCUAAAGGGUAGCUUUAAGAAGCUCGCGCCCAUAUACACUGAGAUUGUGUAUGUGCUUCAUCAGAUCAUUGAUCGGAUGGAUAACGUCGUACAGCUCCGAAGGGCUUAUGGCUCCUCUGUUUUAGAGGCACUGAAUCCACAAGCUUAUACAUAUCGACGGAGCAUGGCGGCAAGCUGCACCCUAAUGUUGUUUUCCGUCAAUGAGGCAUUGACAACUUGGCUCCCGCUCCCGCAAUUCAUUCCCUCGGCUCGUGUAGCGCACCUGCGGCUGAUACAUCGGGUCCGUGAGAUUAUCACAUCGCAAGCAACGACAUCGGCUCCGGUAACGCCAACAGUAAGCCAUGGUAGUCAUUGCAGGAGUGCGAGUGAGUACGACGACCAGGCAAAUGAGAAGAUAGCUCGUUUGAUUACCAAGCAUAACUUCCUCUCUUGGAAUGCUAGCGCUGCUGGUCAGAUGGAAAUCGUCGAGUAUCUUGAAGAAUUGGUCGAGCUGGUCAAGAUGCUAGUGGGAGUUAAUGCAUUUCGCUCGGGAAUGUUGGAGAAGCCAAAGUAUACACACUAUGUG